AUGAAGAUCUUUGGAAGAAGCAUCGCUGCUUUUAGCAUAGCAGGACUCGCCCAAACACUGACAGCUGCCGCACAGAACCUUUCAUUUGGGGCCGAUAACUUCUACCGCAGCGACAUCGUCACUGCAUACCCCAUUAGGUUCCCGACUCAAUACCAUACCAUAGUCGCCGGUAACCUCUUCAUUCGGAACAACGUCAGCCGUACUGUGAGGUCGCCAGCUGUCAUCGUCGGUCAUCCCAUGGGAGCGGUCAAAGAGCAGAGUGCCAAUCUCUAUGCCACAAAGUUGGCCGAACAGGGCUUUGUUACUGUCUCUAUCGACCUUCCAUUCUGGGGCAGUAGCGAGGGCGAACCGCGAAACGCCGUUUCGGCAGAACUCUAUGCCGAGGCUUUUAGCGCGGCAGUUGACUAUCUCGGUGUUACGGCCAGCUAA